GCUGAGCGAACGGCAUCAGAUCCUUCUGGAACUACCACUCAUCAUGAACGCUAAGGUCCUGCUCCUGGUGUGUCUUGCAGCCGUUGUUGCUGCGGACAGUUUUGAAUCUGCUGAAUCAGGUGAAUACAACUUCAACUGGGCCGUCAAACACGACGACUCCGGCAACGACUUCGGCCACCAGGAAGCCCGCAAUGGAGACAACACCCAGGGGUCCUACUACGUGCAGCUCCCCGACGGCCGCCUGCAGACCGUCAGGUACGUCGUGGACGGCGACAACGGCUACGUGGCUGAGGUGAACUACGAGGGCGAGGCUCGAUACCCCGACUCCAAUGAAUCAAAGUGAAGAGAUUAUGUUGGCCCCUACAUGGCAUGAAGCGACAAGAAACAGUCCCGAUUUAAUGGUCUGUCUAUUGUUGAUUAGGUAGACUACAAUGAUCUGGCACCUCCAUUGCUGAUGAUGUAAUUCCCACAAGUCUUUCCAUUCUUUGUUAGGUCCUGCUCUAGGAUGUAAAAUGCUGUAAAAAUGCCUAAUUUAUUGAUGCUUUCCAAUAAAUUGUCUCCUUAUCA